AUGGUUCCAUGGAACCAGAUAUUCGCACAAGCGCUCGGCUUCCGGAUGAACUGGGAUGAUCCCCCUGACUCCUUCCAUCCUUACCGUCACUUGAGCAGACGAAGCGUAUAUCAAAACAUGGAGAUGCUAUUAAAUAAAAACGGCUUAAACGGCUCACAUUGUGUUCGCCGAACAAUAUGCGAGAUUAACCAAAUGAACGAUCCAAAGGGAAUAUAUUAUAAAAUUCUUAAAAUGGUGUUCAGGCAACAAUCAUCAACGACGGACAAAUGGCACAGCAUCACCGACGACGAAUGUGAGCUAUCUAUCAACGCGUGUCCCUUUUCAAUGUUAGAAGUUUUACCCUAUACUGAUCUC